AUGGAAUUAAAAUCUAACUUCGGUGGCAAAUCAUCUUUAGAUUUACAUAAAUCUAAGACAGAUAAACUGUUAAAUGAAAUCAAAUUAAUAUACUUCACAGUCACAUAAUUAUUGUUAUAGAAUGAUGAACCCUCAUUGUUAUUAAGCAUUUUAGCUAUAAUUGUGCAGUUUUUCUAGGUAACAUACAUCCUAUUCAAUCGUCAAAUAUGGCCAGUUUGGAUGACUUAUGAAGUUUCACGCUAAAUAAACAAAGUUUUAGGGUAAUACUAUGAUGUAAAGAAGAUAUUCAAUGUUGGUUCCAUACUUUGAAAUGCUUUCCUAUAUCGGAUUGCUUUCAAUGAUGUAUACUUGCUUAGGUUUAGUCUUAAUGGGUUACAUGCUAAUAAUAUUGCUCAAUUAUCGCUUGCAAUCCAGCAUCUCCUUGAUAGUGCAAAUGUUGAGAGCUUUAAUUAAGCUGUUUUUAUCAAUUUUAUACAUGCCAAUAAUGGAUUUAUUCUUUUCAAUCUUUGCUUGUGCUGAAGAUAAAACAGGAAAUUUGAUGCAUUAAUUAUUUUCAGACAUCACUUGUUGGGAAGGAACACAUAUAGUUCAUGGGAUUGUCUCCAUAUUUGGCAUAAUCUUUUUUUAUCUUUUUUGCAUCACAUUUGCACUUUUAUACUAUGAACCUCGUUUUUUGCCAAUGAACCCACAAUCAAAGAAGAAUGGCAGAUAUCUCGCUAUUUUUCUUACUUACGAACUAAUCAUGAUAAUCUGCUAUACAUUUAUGACUUAGAAAUAAUAUGAUUAUCUAUUCAUUUUUAUGAUAGCAAUUGGAAGUUUUUUGGUCUUUUGGAAAAUGCAUGUUGAGAACCCUCACAACAAUAAGUACAUAGCUAAAGCUUGGUCUAUUCUAUCUGCAGUCAACAUGUGGGGAGUCAUACUCUUAUGCUUUGCUAAAUUCCUAGAAGGUCAAUUGUUUUUUGGAACCAUCUAUGCAUGGCUAUUCGGUCUGCCUUUCAUGACGGCAGCAGUGUUGAAAGCUGAUAAAUUAAAUUACGAAUUGCUAUUAACCAACUUAAAUAAGGUUUCUGACCCUCAGGAAGUGCUCAAUUUGACAGACUACUUAAUAAAAUUGCAUAAAGCUUAGGAUCCUGAUUCACAGUUGAUGAUUGACGGCUUCCUUGAAAUCCACAGAGCUACAUGUGCCAAGGAAGAUUGCUAUCUCAAAUAAAAACGAUCUCAAAAUCAAAGGAUCUAGAAGUCUUUCUUUAAAGAUCAAAUAGUAUCAGAGAGAGAUAUUGACUUAUUAAUGGUGUUAGGUUAGAUCUACUUUAAUUAAAUCAAGAAAUUCCCUAAUGAUAUAUCCCUAAGAAUAAGAUAUUCAAUAUUUCUCUUUGAUCUAAUGAAGUAGAGAUAACAAGCAGUUAAUGAAUUGCUAUAAGCAGAAUAGUAAUGUCCAAGUUUAGAUUAAGAAUUCAUAAUUUAUAGGUAUAAAUAGCUUAUUGAAUUCGAGAUGAAUUUAGCAUAAAAUGAGAAUAUAAGUAAUUUAGAUGUUGCCACAGAAUUAAAUUUUUAAAAUAACAUGAGAUUGUUUUAGAAUAUGAUUGAGAGAACAACAUUAAUGCAUAUGGAUUUUUGGGCAUAAUUAUAGGAAGAUUAACCAGAUUUAGGUAAAAUGAAUGAUAUUGGUUCAAAAAUCAAUUUAGCUAUUGUUUAAGUUGAAGAAUUAUGGAAUAAAAUGUAGAAGAUGACUUAAAAUCUACCUAAAGCUAUGAGGUUAUAUGCCAAAUUUAUAAUUGAAGUACUCCAAGAUAAAGAUUUUGGAGAAGAAUUAUUAGAAAAAUCUAAAAAAUUAUAAUUGCAAAAUCUAAAAUUAAGGAAUUAGUAAACGAUAUAAUUAUUGAGUCAUGAAGAUUUGUGUUUUGAAUCAAAUGCCAUCGUAAUGGUAUCUACAGCUCCAGAAAGAUUUGCUUAAAUUAUUAAUUUAAAUCUUUCUUGUUGCAAUCUUUUUGGGUACAUUAGAUCAGAGAUGAUCAAUCGUAAGAUCAAUAUAUUUAUGCCUAACUUGUAUUCUAAAUUUCAUGAUUCAUACUUAGAACGAUUUAUGCAAACAAAUGAUAAUAAAAAUAUUAACAAAGAAAGAUUGGUAUACGUAAAAUUAAAAUCUAAUUACAUUGCCCCUUGUUUUUUAACUCUUAAGAUUAUUUAAUCACAAGAUGAUAGUUUAUAAUUGGCUGCUCAAUUUAGACCAAUUAAGGUAUUUAAACCUACAUGUUAUCUGAUUGUAGAUGCAGAUGAAUUGAUUGAUUGUGUAUCUGCAUCGUGCAUUCCUUUAUUGAACCUUGACUAUAAAUAAAUAUCGCACAAAAAAAUAAUGUUGACAGACAUCUUUCCAAAUUUUAGUCAAUAAAAAUAAUAGUACCUAAGUAAAACUGGUGGAACUCUACAUUAUAAACCAAAUGAACAAUAAAUCAGUAAUAAAAUUAUAAAGGAGGAAAGGGAGGAGGCUGAGAUUUUCUUUAAUUGUUAUAUGAAUGAAAUAAUUAAUGAUACUACUGGAGUAUUAGCAGGAUACGCCGUGAGAUUAGAAAUAAAUUGGAAUGAAAAGAGCAUAAAUCAUGAACUUAAUGUACAUCAUCGCCAAAAUGGGUUAAGUUUGUAAUUUAGAUACAACCCUCGGAUGGCAAUGUAUUAAGGUGAAUUUGUUGCUGAAAUGAACUCCUAAAGAGUUGAUUAAACAGUAAUUUGGGAUUAGGGGGAUCUCUCUUCUAUGAUUUCGUCUAAUCAACCAGAAAUUCACAAUCCAGAGAUAUAAAAAUAUUUAGUAAAAGCUGAUAAUAAUGAUUAAUAAAAGGGCAAAAUAAAUUAUGGGGAAGGAAUAGCAACAGUGAGACUUUUUGAGAACAGAAUUUAAGAUAUAAACGAUCAGGAUAUCAUAUCAGAUGAUGAGAAUGAGGGCAAGAAUAGUGUUUUUGAGAGAAACCAGAAUUAAGAUUAGGAGAGGAAAGGAUAAUAAGAUGUGAAUGAGAAGAAUAACAUAUUUAGAUCGAGAAAGCAUUUAUCUCAAAUUAUCAAUAAUUACUAGAUCCCUAAAGUGAUAACUAAGGUUAAUUGGACUGCAAAUAUACUAGCUAUUAUCUUGGUUGUGUUAUCAUUCACCGACUUUUUCAUAAUUUAUGAAUAGUAUGAGGAUAUUUAUAAAACAAUCUUGUUAGUUAAAAAUCAAAAUCAAAGGAAUGCAGAACUAUAAACUAUUACUACAAGCAUUUAAAAUUUAUUGAUGUUGAAUAUGGAUGUGUGGAAUUUCUCAAAUCAAUUGGAGUAAUAAACAUAUGAAGCCCUAUGGAAGAAGAAAUUAAAUUAAUCAAUAAAUAAUGUUGAUAAUUUGAAUAAGGAAUUAAUGUUAACAGAUGUGAGUUUGAGCGAUUAGAUCUUGGAAAUGAUGAAUAAUGACGUUGUGAAUAUGAGAUCAAGUGAUGGUAGUUCAUAGAUGUUUGAUCUAUCAGAAGCAAUCUAGUAAUUAUUGAGUAAAUCGAUAAUUAUCAAAGAUAAACCAAUAUCUGAUAUAAGCUUGAAUGAUGGAGAUGUCCAAUUUGUAUUGUUUAAUUCUCUAAAUAGUUUGAUAUAUUAAUUAAGAGCCUUUUCUACAUUGUAUGCUAAUGAAUUGAGAAUUAAAUCAGAAAAUAAUAAGGAUACUUUCUUAUUGAUACUAAGUAUUUCAGCUUCUGCACUUGGUAUUGGAUUAUUAAUCUUGCUAAUAGCAAUAGCUUCAGUAAAUAAAACUUAAGAGGAGAUGUUAGCAAUUUUUAUAGAUCUUCCUGAUAAAACAACAAAGUAUUUAUUUAACAGGGCUGAAAACUUUAUAUCUAACUUACAAAUGGGAGAAGAAGAUGAUUUAAUCUCUGAAAUAGAUGAAACUGAAAGAGAAGGACAAAAUGAACUGAAUAAAUCAGUGAAAACCAAAAGAAAGAGAAGGAAAUAUAAAAACUCAAAUAAAGAACAACGUAAUUUUACUUUAGGAAUCUUAAUAUUUAUUCUAAUUGCUGAACUAUACUUUACAUUAAAUUUUCUCAUGAGUAAGACUUUUUUGACCGACUUAAAUUAAAUGAUACCUGAAAUUAAUGCCACUGCAAGAGCUGAGAGUUUCUAUAGAUUUGUUGAUAUAAGUGAGCGAUCUUUGUUUCUGGAUCGAAAUUAAACAAUCAUGAAUUAAGAUUCUUAUGAAAUUGUCAAGAAUAAUCUGAAUGCUUUGUAUGGCCUAGAUUCAUCCAUCCAUUAAGAACAUGCAUUGAAUGUUGAAAUAACUAGUUAAAUAUACUUAGAUUCUUUUAAAUAAGUUUUCAUGGAGCAACCAUGUACUAUAAUAUCAAACUUUUUAAAUGAAAUAAAUGAAUAAGAAUGUCAGGUGUUUGCUGAUGGAGCUCUUUAUUAAGGAAUGGCAGUUGGAAUUGCAAGGUAUUUUGAGAAUUUGAGAUACAUAAUGACUAUCUAUGAUCAAUUCUGGGGAAAUGCCAAUGUAAAUUUUACUUUAUUAGCUCGAGGUUUCGGAAAAUUUAAGAACAUAACCAAAGACAGUGACAAUGUAAGGAAUUACAUUUUAAAUUUAAAUAACUUCAAUUAAACAAAGGAAGCUCGUGAGAUUUAAGAUAGUUACAACAGAGGAGCAUUUCGAUUUCUUGUUUCUUCUAUGAUUGAGGGAAUUAGACAAGAUAUGGAAAGUCAUAAAACUUAGAUACUUGGACUCUUUAUCGUUUUUGAAGGAUUACUUUUAAUGGCAUACUUUCUUUUGUGGUUGCCGUUGGUUGCCAAGCUAACCAAGGACAUAUGGAGAACCAGAUCGAUGAUCCUAAUGAUUCCUCUUGGUGUCAUUCAGAGUAUCAAAUCUAUAAAGACAUACAUCAAAGCGAACAUCCAGAUCAACGAUGUUGAUGUUUGA